CUCGAGUCCUAAGCUUACAUACGUGUACUUCAAGUAGGUAUCUAGGUUAGGGUAGACAUAAUCCCUGCCGAAUCUCCAGGUCUUUUAAGUGUUUUCAGGUGGGGUCGCAUGCUCCAGGCCCUAGAUUAACAUGCUCGCAUGGUGUGGGGACUGCCUUCCUAGGAACUCCGACUCGGCUGGCCCUGGCCUUUUGGUUUUAGUGCCUUUGUAUAAUUCGGCCGUCAUCGCAAAUCGGAAAUUCGAAUUCGAACUUCUUAUUUUUUUUCACCAAAUCCACUUCCCGCCGGUAGCCGCAGGUAUGUCUUGAUCAAAUACUCUCCUUCAUCGUGUCUCCAAGUUUCACUUUUCAGCUCACUCAUGUUCAGUCUGCUCAUCAUUAGUUGUUUAGUUUACAGAAGCUCGAAAACCAUCGCCCAUCAUGUCGCAAGAUAAGCCCCUCCCGUUCAUAUACACCUUUGGCGCAGGUGCCAUUGCCGGUAUUUCGGAGAUUCUGACCAUGUACCCUUUGGACGUUGUCAAGACAAGAGUACAACUCCAAUCGGGCAAGGCAACUGGUGCGGAUGCUUACACUGGCAUGGUGGACUGCUUCUCGAAGAUCGUGCGCAAUGAAGGUUUCUCGAGACUAUACCGAGGUAUCACCGCGCCCAUUCUAAUGGAAGCCCCGAAGCGUGCUACCAAGUUUGCCGCCAACGAUGAGUGGGGAAAGUUCUACCGCAAGGUGUUUGGAGCCGAGAAGAUGAACCAGUCCCUCUCCAUCCUGACAGGCGCAUCUGCCGGAGCCACUGAAUCCUUUGUCGUCGUGCCCUUUGAGUUAGUCAAGAUCAGACUGCAAGACAAAGCCUCUGCAGGAAAAUACUCUGGCAUGAUUGAUGUCGUUGCCAAGACAAUCAAGAACGAGGGUCUCCUAGCCAUGUACAACGGCCUGGAGAGCACCCUGUGGCGCCACAUACUCUGGAACGCCGGCUACUUCGGCUGCAUCUUCCAGGUCAAAGAGCUCUUACCAAAGGCAGAGACCAAGAAAGGCGAGAUCCUGAACGGCCUGCUUUCCGGCUCCGUCGGCGGCACGGUCGGCACCAUAAUCAACACACCCAUGGACGUCGUGAAGUCGCGCAUCCAAAACAGCCCCAGAAUUCCCGGCCAGACCCCCAAGUACAACUGGGCCUGGGGAGCCUGCGGCACUGUCAUGAAAGAGGAAGGCUUUGGUGCGCUCUACAAGGGUUUCCUGCCCAAGGUCCUUAGACUUGGUCCCGGAGGAGGUAUCCUCUUAGUUGUGUUCACGGGCAUGAUGGAUUUCUUCCGUUCCAUACAAAAGCCAUAAAAAGCCAUCAUAAAAUCAAAUCAAAGUAACCUACCUGUUCUGCACGGUUUGAAAUUUCUAGGCAUUGAUAUGAUACCUCUCUCUAUCUCUCUGUUUGGCUGGCUAUUUGCAUAUUGGCUCACAGCAGGUGUCCAUAGAGGCAUAGAGGCAUACACAUUUCGCACGCGCUUUGUUCUCAAUACUAGUCCAUGUUCCGAUUGUGUGCUUCUCUGUCCUCAUUAAUGGUU